AUGGACAAUCAAGACUCUAACAUUGGUGCUUUUGAAGAUUUGUCGACGACUGAUGACACUGAUCCUUCUAAUGUCAAUGUUUUACCAAUAAAGUGUCUUCAUUUGAGAUUGUCUGUGAUAUAUUUGAAUAAUUGGCAGAAUAUGAAGUAUUCAAUCGAAUAUUUGAUUAGUUUUGUCAAAAUUUGUAACCAGUUUGAAUUUAUGACAAUACCCAACGAGGUGAACAAGCAAAAAAAAGCAAAGGAAUUGAAAUGA